AUGUAUGAUGAUGCCUCAUACUACUAUCCGUCCCAUAAUGCAUCUCCCUCACGCCAGCAGCCCACCAAAGUGAAACAUAAGAGGAGACAAUCGCUGCUGGAAAAGCCCGCCGUCAAUGAGGGAACGCAAGCUGAUGGUCGCUUAGAUGGGCCAGGUCUCGGAUCCGUAAAAGAGGUUGGACAGUUGGGUCCCCCUGAAGCAACCUUGAAGAAACGAGCUCAGUCGUACACCGAUUUCCACUAUGCUGCGACGGCGAUACUACGGCAAGAUCUGAAGCACGAAGUCAGAUUGAGCAACCCUAGGACAUCGAAGGAUGAUCAAGAUAUUUCGACCGAAGAUCCAGAGGAGUUACACAAUGAUUUGGAUUUUGCGGAUCAGUUACACGCAUCUGAAGGGAUGUUGCUGGAAUCGAGCCAUGAAAAUUACUCACAGUACUUGAGACAAUUGGUUGCUUCUGAGAGCCACCUCGAAGGGCUUUUAGCUGAGACUUCGUCGUCGCUCGAUCUCCUAGAUGACCUUUCCAAUUCAUUUAAAGCUGUCGAGGCACAGACCAGCACGUUUCAAAAGCAGUGCGAAGGGUUGUUAGAAGAACAAAAGCGAAUUGAAACACUGGCGAACGAGAUCGACCAGAAUCUUAAAUAUUAUAAUUACCUGGAACCUGCCACCAGAAGGCUCAAUGCUCCAGGAGCCGGAAGCCUUGUGAGAAGCGAAGAGUUCUCCGAGAUGCUAACGCGUAUCGACCACUGUCUAGAUUUCAUGGCAGCUCACCCCAAGCACAAAGAAGCGGCGACAUAUCGAUCCCACUAUAGGCUACUGAUGACCAGAGGGUUGACUCUAAUUCGUGUUAACUUUAUCAACGGUCUUCGUGAUAUCGCUUCAGACGUGUCUCGCCGGAUAGCUGACAAGCAACUGAACGACACUACUAUGUCUGCCCUUUUAUAUGCCAAAUUCCGCGUCGGUGCUGCCGAGCUCAAGGAGGUCGCCCAGGAAAUCCGUAAGCGGGCAAUCUUACCUGCCAGUGUUCAAGCCGGUGGCGAAAGUGAAUAUCAAGGACUCAUGAACGAGCUUUACACUAGUUACUCGGCAACACGCGGUAAGCUUGUGAUACCGCUCGCCCGAAAAAGGAUAGGGGACAUUGCCAUGGCUCCAAGUACUUCAAAAGAUCUUGUCUCAUUUGCACGUAGUGCCAUUGGCUAUACAAAAGGUGUCUGUUCCGACGAAUAUGAUCUUUGGAGGGAAUGGUUUGUGGGUGAGGAAGGAAUGUACGACUUUCUUGAAUCCGUUUGCGAGCCGCUUCAUGAUCAUCUCCGACCGCGCAUUAUUCACGAGGUUCAAUUACUGAAGCUCGCCGAACUCUGCACGCUGCUUCAGAUGCGUUAUAUGCAUGAUCAAGAUGAGGACGCAGAACCCUUGGAGGCCAACCAGCUCGAUUUCUCUGUUCUUAUUCGCCCAGCAUUGGAAGACGCUCAAACAAGACUCGUAUUCCGGACACAGUCGAUACUUCGUGAUGAAAUUGAGAGAUACAAGCCAAAGAAAGAAGAGCUUGACUACCCAACUCGCAAUCGGCAGGUCUCACUCUCUGGUACAAAGUCUCAAAAGACUCCAACGUCCGGCAGGAAGGCUUCCAACCCUGAGCCAUCGACCCCGAUGCCUAAGACCCCAAUGAUCGUAGAAGAAGGUGACUCACCCACAGGCCGCUGGAACUUCGAUACCGAAGCCGCAUUUCAAGGCUGGUAUCCAACUCUCCGCAAAGCAAUUUGGUUACUCAGCCGUAUUUACCGCCUUGUCAAUUCCACAGUUUUCGACGACUUAGCCCACACUAUUGUCUUCACAACUGUCCACUCCCUCCUGAGCGCCUCUCAAUCUAUCUCCUCUCUGACCCAUCGCACUCCGUCCGAUGGCCGCCUCUUCCUCAUCAAACACCUCCUAAUUCUGAAAUCUCAAAUCGUCGCCUUCGAUAUCGAAUACGUCACUCCGGACAUCGCCUUCGAUUUCUCUAAUCUAACCAAUACUUUCUACGAGCUACGCGAGCGUGGUGGACUAUUCGACCCUCGCAAUUGGUUCCGCCUCGUCCGCGAAGGCCUGGUCGGCGGUGGGCUACUUCCUAAGGUUGUAGAGAACAUGUUCGACGCCAAGGUCGAGCUCGACGGAAGACUCCGAAGCGUCAUCAAUGAGUUCACGGCAGGUUUUGCGAAUGCGAUCACGGCGCCUAUCAAUGCUUCUGCUCUAGCGAGCCCGAGAUUCGAUGCCAUGGCCGCUGUAGGCAAGAUUCAGGAGAUUGCGGGGAAAGAGGUGCCGACGCUGCGGAGGAAGUUGGAUGAGUAUCUCGAUGAAAACAGGACGAAGGAGACGUUGGUUGCUGCCGUGCAGGAGAUGGUAGUGGGGAAUUAUGAGGGGUUCUAUGAUGAGAUUAUGAGGGAGAAGGAGAAGGCUGGGAAUCAGGGCGGAAGGAAGAGUAAGAAGGGAAAGGGCAGAGAUGAUGAGGUUUGGGAUGUGGACAUGUUCUCUGAAUGGGCCAAUGGAGUAUUCGAUGUUAAGGGGAUCGAUGGAUUUGAAGGGGGUAGCAUCAGGGGUGGGAGUGCAUGGGGCCGGCCGACGAGCUACAACGGGAGCGUGUAUUCGAGGUGA